UAAAAUAAAAAUAAAAAUCAAACUAACCCCUAAAUCUAAAAAAAUCCCCCAUUUUAGCGCGCAAAUUUAACGAAACAAACCCUCUUCUCAGCAUCAAAUCCACUGAAUCAAAUGCUCGCCAUAUCACCUUCUUCACUACUAACCAUCACAAAAUCUUCACCAUGCAACAUUUUCUCAAUCGCAAACCCUAAUUUCCGAAAAAUCCGAUCAUCUUCCACCUUAAGAGAAGCAGAGGUGGAUGAGAGAGAACCAAAGUCGUCGUCGCCGGCUGUGGAUUUUCCGGCGAUAAAGUCGGCGAAGAGGGUGGUGUUAGUGCGGCAUGGGCAGAGUACGUGGAAUGCGGAGGGAAGAAUUCAAGGGAGCUCCAAUUUCUCAGUUUUAACUACUAAAGGCGAAUCUCAGGCUGAAACUUCUCGUCAAAUGCUUCUUGAUGAUUCCUUUGACGUCUGCUUCACUAGUCCCCUGGCUAGAUCAAAGCGAACUGCUGAAAUUAUCUGGGGUAACCGUAAGGAGCCAAUGAUCCCAGAUUUCGACCUGAGGGAAAUAGACCUGUAUUCUUUUCAAGGGCUCUUGAAACAUGAGGGAAAGGAGAAAUUCGGCACUGCAUUUCGUCAAUGGCAGUUAGAUGCUCCGAACUUUGUCAUAGAUGGACAUUAUCCUGUCAGGGAGUUGUGGACACGUGCCAGAAGCAGUUGGGAUAGCAUAUUAAAUCAUCAAAGCAAGUCCGUGCUUGUGGUUGCUCACAAUGCUGUCAAUCAGGCUCUUGUUGCAACAGCAAUUGGCUUGGGAACUGAGUAUUUCAGAGUUUUACUUCAGAGCAACUGUGGUGUUAGUGUGUUAGAUUUCAUUCCUCGAGCAGAGGACAAGUCUCCACACAUCUGCCUUAAUCGCUUAAAUCAGACUCCUAAUUCACCUAUUGCUGCUGGAAGUUCUGCGGGUCGAAAAGCCAGUAAGCGCAUCAUCCUGGUUUGUCAUGGAUCAUCGAUGAACAUUGAGGAGGCUAACGUUUCACUUCCUGGAAAUCAGCCUAUGAGCAUGCUUGGCAUCAUUCAGUCACAGAAAACUGCAGAACUACUACUUGAUUUAAAAGUGAAUACAGUAGUUAGCUGCCCUGGAAAGGCUUCAAUGGAGACAGCACAGAUCAUAUCCAAGGUUCAAGAAGCCGCAGAUUGCUUAGGCGCUGAUUGUGUGCCACGAUAUGUAGAUGUUAAAGAAAUGAAUAGAGUUGAUGUGGAAACCAUGCUUUGCCAGUCAAAACAGGACGGAGCUGUCAAUUCAAUUCUUUCGCCAAAUAUGCUUAGUCUUCUAUGGGACCAGACAGAGAAAGUGUGGCAAGUUUUAUUAGACGAGUUAUCUGAUCCUUCUGAGGUGGUUGUUGCUGUAGGACAUCCAAUUCUCCACAUUGCAUUGAUCACACAUUGCUUGAAUUUAUCGAAGGAUUGGAUUGGAUCAUUCCAUCUUGAUGAAGGUAGUAUUAGUGUUAUUGACUUCCCGGAUGGACCGAGUGGAAGAGGCGUUGUUAGAUGCAUAAAUUAUACUGCCCAUUUGGGAAGAUGGUCAAUUCCUAUCACUAUGCCAACAAUGGACGAGGAUGAGUUCUACUAGUUAUAUCGAUGUAUUGUUGUAUAUGUUGAACUAGUACUUCUCUUAUUGUUGUAGCUGUUCAAAAGAACCGAAGACAUUUUGUCGUCCCUAGUCUUGAGUAUUACUGCGUCAGUGCAUAUAAAAGCAAGCUUGUGUUCAAUAUUAAUCCAAUUUUUGCUUUUUCUUUUCA